AGCAGAUCGGUCUUGUCUCAAUUCUGCGUUGAAUUAUAUAAACAGGCUUUACUUCGUUCAGUAGUUCGCUCUCGGCACGGUGUUCAGUCAAUUGAAUUCACAGCUGAAGUUUCGAAACCUUUUUUGAGUCUAUCUUUUUCGUUAUCAACCCCUGAUAGAUUCCGAUUGAAACUCACUUCCAGAACUUCUAAGUCAAUCAACAUCGACUUUUUUUGAACGUUUUUAGUAUUGAUCGAGUCCAGCAUAAUACUUCAAACUAACGAUGCCUGUUCCAGAGUCGAUCCAGGGCCUCAGCUUCGUUCUGAUUGUCACCAACGAUCAAACGAAAUUUGAGAAGUUGGCUAAAUUCUACACCAGAUUCGGCUUCAAAUUGCUGAAAAAUUUCUCGAAAGUGUCCAACAACGGUGCUGCUUCGGCCUCCAACAACCCACGCUUGCAUUUGGGAGUUUCUAACGACUCUUUGAGAGAGGUCUGGCUUGAAUCCUUUCCUUUGCAGAACCUAGAUGGCAAUGGAAAUGUGACUCCUUGGCAGGAAUUGGCUGUAUACGAUGGUGAUAACUGCGAAAAAUUGUGUGAUUCUACUUUAAUCAAGAUUCGGUUGUCGAAUUUGAACGUAAUCAGUGAUGUCGUUAAAAAGUUUCGCUUUUUCAGUACCGAUUUGAAGCAAAUUAAGGCUAUUUUAACUGAAUUGAAGUGGACCUUCGUAGAAUUAGAAGGCGAAAUUGACACCAAGGACCCCCUAGGUAACGUGUUGAUCUUCUCCAGCACCGCUAACCCGUUGUCGAAGGAGUCGUUCGGUUCUGCGGACGAGUACUUAACGAUAAAGUCUCAGCAGCUUCUUCGGGAUUUGUCCAAGUCCUCAGAAGUCGAUUCGACAUAUUCUGAGUCGGUUUCGGAGACAAUCAGAAAGAAAAAAAUCGCCGUCAUGACUUCUGGAGGUGAUGCUCCAGGUAUGAACCCUGCUGUGAGAGCUGUUGUCAGAGCCGGAAUCUUUUUGGGAUGUGACAUGUUUGCUGUCUACGAAGGCUACUCGGGUUUGGUUAAAGGUGGAGACCUCUUGAAGAAGAUGGAGUGGGGAGAUGUCAGAAACUACUUGUCAUACGGUGGGACUAACAUUGGUACUGCCAGAUGUAUGGAGUUCAAGGAACGUGAAGGCAGAUUGUCUGGUGCGUACAAUAUGAUUGUCAACGGAAUUGAUGCUCUUAUUGUGUGUGGAGGUGAUGGUUCAUUGACUGGUGCUGAUUUGUUCAGAAGCGAGUGGCCUUCUUUGCUUGACGAAUUGAUAGAAACUGCUCGUUUGACCAAAGAAGAGGUCGCCCCAUACAGACACCUCACCAUUGUAGGAUUGGUGGGCUCUAUAGAUAACGACAUGUCAUGUACAGAUGCAACAAUUGGUGCCUAUUCGGCGUUAGAGAGAAUCACCGAGAUGGUGGACUACAUCGACGCUACGGCCAAGUCACAUUCCCGUGCUUUUGUUGUUGAAGUUAUGGGUAGACAUUGUGGCUGGCUUGGCUUGAUGUCUGGGUUGGGUACUGGAGCUGACUUCAUCUUCAUUCCUGAAAGACCUCCCAGGGCUGGCAAGUGGCACGACGACUUGAAGACGGUCUGCAAGCGCCACAGAGAAAAAGGAAGAAGAAAGACGGUUGUCAUUGUGGCCGAGGGAGCCAUCGAUGACGAGUUGAAUCCCAUUUCUUCGGAAGAGGUCAGAGACGUCUUGGUCGAGUUGGGUUUGGACACCAGAAUCACCACCUUAGGCCAUGUGCAAAGAGGUGGUACUGCUGUAGCUUACGACAGAAUGCUUGCUACCUUACAAGGUGUAGAUGCUGUCAAGGCUGUUCUUGAGUCUACUCCUGAAACACCCUCUCCAAUGAUUGGUGUUUUUGAGAAUAAGAUCGUCAGACAACCUUUGGUGGAAGCUGUGAGAUUGACCAAGUCUGUGGCCACAGCAAUUGAAAACAAGGAUUUCGACAGGGCUAUGAGCUUGAGGGAUACUUCGUUUGCUGACGCAUACUCUCACUUCUUGUCUACCUCUGUAGAUGAUGAUGGUCUGUCUGAAUUACCUAAAGACAAGCAGUUGAACAUCGGUGUAAUCCAUGUAGGAGCUGCUUCGUCUGGUCUUAAUGCCGCUACCAGAGCUGCUGCCUUGUACAGUUUGUCUCGUGGUCACAAGUUGUUUGCAAUCCAAAACGGUUUCUCCGGUUUAAUUAAGGACGGAAUAGUCAAGGAAUUGAAGUGGCUUGAUGUCGAGGACUGGCACAACAGAGGUGGCUCGGAAAUUGGAACCAACAGAUCUUUGCCCUCGGAAAACUACGGGAAGGUUGCUUUCUAUUUGCAAAAGUACAAUUUGCAAGGUUUGAUUAUCAUUGGAGGUUUCGAGGCCUUUACUGCCUUGAACGAGUUGAACGAAAAGGACGACAGUUAUCCUAUAUUUGCAAUGCCCAAAGUAGCUAUUCCAGCUACGGUUUCUAACAACGUGCCUGGAACAGAGUAUUCUUUGGGUUCAGAUACCUGUUUGAACCAGUUGGUUAAGUAUUGUGAUGCCGUCAAGCAGUCAGCCUCAUCGUCGAGAAGAAGAGUAUUCGUUGUAGAAGUGCAAGGGGGACAUUCUGGUUACGUUGCAGCCUACACUGGUUUAAUUACAGGUGCUAUGGCCACAUAUGCCCCCGAAUCCAAGAUAAACUUAAGAACUAUACAAGAGGAUAUAGACUUAUUGUUCAACGUUUUUGCCCAUGACAGAGGUGAAGACAACAACGGUAAGAUGUUGAUCAGAAACGAGCAGGCUAGUACCGUAUACUCGACCGAGUUAAUCGCAGACAUCAUCAAAGAAAAUGCUAAGGGCAGAUUCGAAACAAGAACGGCAAUACCCGGGCAUGUUCAGCAAGGCUUUACUCCGUCUUCGGCCGACAGAGUUAAUGCUGUGAAAUUUGCAGUAAAAUCCGUUCAAUAUAUUGAAGAGUGGAAUGGCUCGUGUGAACGAGACCCGGCUAUUGUAGAUUACGAGAAGACUGCGUCUGUCGUCAUUGGCAUCCAAGGUGCCCAGGUCAAGUUUACAUCGGUCAAGGAAUUAUACCAGAACGAAGCCAAUAUAAAGUUGAGAAAGGGUAAGACCGUCCACUGGAAGGACAUGUCUGAUGUAAGCGACAUGUUGAGUGGUCGCCUCAAUUUGCGAGCCAAGAAGCAGUCGGUAAAGUUGCUUUAGAUUACCCUUGUCUGGAUGCUGCGAAAAUAACGUUCAUUUCUUUAUAAAAUAUUAAUACACAUACAUGACUUUGUUA